AGAAAGGUUUUGGGAGGCAAUGGAUCACUGGGUGUUGGAUUUCUAUGCCCCAUGGUGUGGCCCAUGCCAGCAAUUCCGCCCCCUGAGUUGGAAGUUCUUGCCAGGAUGAUGAAGGGAACUGUGCGAGCUGGCAAAGUGGACUGUCAAGCACACCACCAGACCUGCCAGAGCGCCGGGAUCAAGGCUUACCCCAGUGUCCGAUUCUACCCCCACCUGGGCACCACACGGCGAGAUCAAGGAGGAGAGCAUAUCAACAGCAGAGACGCCACAGUCAUCGCAGACAUUCUCAGACAGCGACUCCAGCAGCUAGCAUUACAGGGGAAGUCCUCCAAACCUAAAGAUGAACUAUAGGACACAUCUUGCGAUCCUCAGCAGCUG